AUGCGUAUUAGUGUGCCUUUUUUCCACGGCUACAUAUUACAUGGGCUGUGCGCUAUAGCAAGAGCCUCUACCAGCCCUGGUUCCAGUUUUAUUGAGGUUGAAUGCCCGGACAGCGCACUAAUUAGGGAAGCAAAGGUAAGAGAUUCUGCCGAAAACCCUCUUAUGAAUAGGGUUACAGAAGCCGUACUAACACCUCACUCAGUCAUGUCCAUGUUGACAGGUUCGGGUUUUCUUUUGGAAAUGGAAAAGUACGGUUUGGUUGAUUGUCUCAACUAUGUCACUGGUACAUCAGGAGGAAGUUGGAUAUUAGCUAAGUUGAUUCUUAAUAAUUUUAGGUUCGAGACCUUUCACGAGUGGGACCUAACCGAAAGCUUAUUAAAGGGGGUCCCCGACAUGGAUAUAUCAGAGAGCAGUGUGGUCACUAUGCUCGAGUCUGACGAUCUGGAUGAGUUAUUUAGUGCCGAUGACUGGUUUUAUCAGAAAUUAUCACAAGCAUCAAAGCUUUGGACAAGAAGCUUUGAACCACCAAGGUCAUUAGUGGCGCCAUUCGAGGACUUUCAGAUGAGGCUGGAGGAGUUAAUGCAAUCUCAACGAUGUGUGUUUAAAAAGAAGAGAAGUUCGGAUACGUUCAGCAGCAUGAAGCAAACCUUGAUGAAAGUGUUCAACUCAGACGACAAAAUCAGCAGUGAGAUUGGGAAAAUCAUGAGGACCUCUAACGAGUUCCGCCAGAUUUUGCAAUUCUAUAUAGAUCUUCACUUGAAGGUAAAAGCUAAGAAAUUAAGUGGUUUCUCACUUUCUUUUACCGACUAUUGGGGGCACGCACUCGCAGAUGGAAUUGCGCCAUCAAUACAACAGAGCUCCAUUUCUAGUUUCCUUGACAAUAGCCCUAGAUUUCACAACUUCGAAACCCCGUUGCCAAUAUUUGUUGCGAACUGCAAAAACGGAAAUUUGCGUAACGCAGUCUUUGAAUUCACGCCGUUUGAAUUUGGUUCUUGGACGAAUUUAAGGUUGUUUAUGCGCUUAAAAUACUUAGGAUCGCACAUGGCUGCAGGAAAACCAUCGAAAUGCUUUACAGGGUUCGACGAAGUCAGUUUUAUUACGGCAACGUCGUCAUCAAUUUUCAAUAACGUUUUAAUGUGUGUCUGGCAGCUGAUCGCACCAUCGCUAAAUACCCGCAAAGCGGUCGGCGCUAUCUUGAGCACUUUUAGCCUAGCUUUCGAAAAAAGCAAAGAACUUGAGACCGGAACAAUAGAACAAAAUGCUCGACCAGAAUAUGCCAUUUACCAUCCUAACCCAUUUUUUCAAUAUCCUGGAGUCACAGACCUUCUUGCGCAAGAGUCCCGCUUGUAUUUGGUAGAUGGUGGUGAAGAUGGACAAAACAUUCCAAUUGGUCCACUUCUCAUACCUGAAAGACAACUUGAUGUCAUAUUUGCAUUAGACUCCAGCUCUGACAUUGACAGUUUCCCCAAUGGCACAAUGUUGCGAAAUUUUUACCGUGACAAUUAUAUCAGCGAGGACGACGUUAAUAUUGGUUCUUCGGCUCAAAAUGCACCUUAUCAGGACAUGCCUUAUAUUCCGCCCAGCGAAGACUUUGUAGAACAGGGUUUACUCUCGAGGCCUGUGGCAUUUGGUUGUCAUCUAUCAAGUUUUCCAAACGUAAAACUUGAGGAGAAUGCAAACUUGACCGCAGUCCAACUGCCACCAAUAUUAGUGUACCAUGCGAAUGCUAAUCACUCAUUCUCUUCCAACGUAUCCACGUUCAAGCUCAAGUACACGGGCUACGAAGUUCAGCAAAUGCUACAGAACGGAAAAGAUAUUUUCAGCCUUGACUCUAGCCCAAAGUAUAAAAGGUGCCUUGCUUGUAUUAUUAUCAAGAGGUCUUACGACCGUGCUCAAAUACUUGCUCAAGAGGUCAGGUUACCAUUUUUCUGCGAAGUAUGCUUCGACAAAUACUGCUAUAAUUGA